AAACUACUUUGUCCCAUCGAAAUGGAUUUAUUAUAAGAAUCAGAGCUUGUGAAGGGCUCUCAGAUGGAUCAUUUCUAGCUGGAAUACCUUCUCCUUUGAGACUCUUCACACCACUCCAUUUCUGUGACUUUCAUCCUGUCGUCCUAGAAGACGUGUUGCGUUUCCCCGGAGGACUGCGUUCACUUGUUACCACAGCAAUCCAUGGCAUCCUGUUCCUGACAAGGUCCGCUUCAUUCUGGGGUGCUAUAGGCAGCAGAAGGCAUCUCCAUGAGGAGCGGUAGAAGAUGCCGGAACUGCCAGCGCUCCUGCUGUCGAUUUACUUCCGCUUCCUGUUAGUCACUGUGGUUACCAUGCCGCCUUCUUCCCUGAGCCAGACCCCUGUUCUGUCAUCCGUACGGAUGGCGGCAAUUUUGGAUGACAGCUCUGUCUGUGGGCGUGGGGAGCGGUUAGCUUUAGCGUUAGCACGCGAGAACAUCAACAGUGUGAUGGAGGGCCCAGCUCGUGCUCGUGUGGAGGUCGACAUAUUUGACCUCCAGAAAGACUCUCAGUAUGAGACCACAGAUACUAUGUGCCAGAUUCUGACAAAGGGCGUGGUAUCUGUGAUUGGCCCCGCCUCCAGCCCUGCCGCUGGCUGCAUAGUCAGUCACAUCUGUGGGGAAAAGGAGAUUCCGCAUGUCAAAAUCGGUCCGGAAGAGACUCCACGGCUUCCUUACCUGCGCUUUGCAUCUGUGACUCUGUAUCCUAGCAACGAGGAUGUGAGCCUUGCCAUCGGAGCCAUCCUACGCUCCUUCAGCUACCCAUCGGCUAGUCUGAUCUGCGCUAAGGCCGAAUGUCUGCUGAGACUAGAGGAGCUGAUAAGGCGGUUUCUGAUCUCUCGGGAGACACUGUCAAUCAGGAUGCUGGAUGACAACCUUGACCCCACGCCUUUGCUGAAGGAGAUUCGUGAUGACAAAAUAGCUACGAUAAUUAUUGAUGCUAAUGCAUCUAUAUCUUACCUUAUACUGAAAAAGGCGUCAGAGUUGGGAAUGACAUCAGCGUUUUACAAGUACAUCCUCACAACUAUGGACUUCCCGUUGCUGUGGUUGGAUGAUAUAGUGGAUGAGCAGUCAAACAUCGUGGGCUUCUCAAUGUUUAACACCACCCACCCAUUUUACCUGGAGUUUAUCAGGAGCCUUAACCUGUCCUGGAGAGAGGGCUGCGACAUUAACCCUUACCCUGGACCAGCGCUGUCGUCGGCGCUGCUGUUUGAUGCGGUUCAUGUGGUGGUGAGUGCAGUGCAGGAACUCAACCGGAGUCAGGAGAUUGGUGUCAAACCUCUCAGCUGCACCUCCCCUCAGAUCUGGCAACACGGAACCAGCCUCAUGAACUACCUGCGUAUGGUGGAGUAUGAUGGUUUGACAGGUCGAGUUGAGUUCAACAGUAAAGGCCAGAGGACCAAUUACUCCCUCCACAUCCUGGAGAAGCACAGGGGAGGCCACAAAGAGAUUGGGAUCUGGUUCUCUAACAACACUCUGCUGAUGAACUCCACCAGUCUGGAUAUCAACGUGUCUGAAACUCUGGCUAACAAGAGACUUAUCAUCACCACUAUACUGGAGAACCCAUAUGUGAUGAGGAAGGUGAAUUACCAGGAGUUUGAGGGGAAUGAGCAGUACGAGGGUUUCUGUGUGGACAUGUUGAGAGAGCUGGCUGAUACGCUCAAGUUCACCUUCCGCAUCAAACUGGUGGACGAUGGCCUGUAUGGAGCACCUGAACCCAACGGCUCAUGGACAGGCAUGGUGGGAGAGCUGAUCAACAGGAAAGCUGAUUUGGCUGUAGCAGCUUUUACCAUCACAUCUGAGAGAGAGAAGGUCAUUGACUUCUCGAAACCCUUCAUGACCCUGGGCAUCAGUAUUCUCUACAGGGUCCAUAUAGGCAGGAAGCCAGGUUAUUUCUCCUUCCUGGAUCCUUUCUCACCGGCUGUUUGGCUCUUUAUGCUGCUGGCUUACCUCGCUGUCAGCUGUGUGCUCUUUCUUUCUGCUAGGUUGAGUCCGUAUGAAUGGUAUAACCCUCACCCGUGUCUGCACGAGCGCAGAGACCUGCUGGAGAAUCAGUACACUCUAGGAAACAGCCUGUGGUUUCCUGUGGGGGGCUUCAUGCAGCAGGGGUCAGAGAUCAUGCCCCGGGCCCUCUCCACACGCUGUGUCAGUGGGGUCUGGUGGGCAUUCACUCUCAUAAUAAUCUCUUCAUACACAGCGAAUCUGGCUGCGUUUCUGACAGUGCAGAGAAUGGAAGUGCCAAUCGAAUCCCCAGAUGACCUGGCCGAUCAAACCAAUAUCCAGUACGGCACAAUUCAUGGAGGAAGCACCAUGACUUUUUUUAUGAACUCUCGUUAUCAAACGUAUCAGCGGAUGUGGAACUACAUGUAUUCAAAGCAGCCCAGUGUCUUCGUGAAGAGCACAGAGGAGGGCAUUGCACGAGUCUUGAACUCUAGAUACGCCUUCCUGCUUGAGAGCACCAUGAAUGAGUACCACCGCAGCCUCAACUGUAACCUCACCCAGAUCGGAGGCCUGCUGGACACCAAGGGUUAUGGAAUCGGCAUGCCUCUCGGUUCUCCCUUCAGAGAUGAGAUCAGUCUGGCAGUGCUGCAGUUGCAGGAGAAUAACAGGUUGGAGAUCCUGAAGAGAAGAUGGUGGGAGGGAGGGCAGUGUCCCAAAGAGGAAGACCACCGCGCCAAAGGUCUUGGGAUGGAGAACAUUGGCGGUAUAUUUGUGGUGUUAAUCUGUGGCCUGAUUAUUGCUGUGUUUGUGGCUGUGAUGGAGUUUGUGUGGUCCACACACCAAUCAGCUGAAACAGACGAGGUACGGCCUCUCUCCUGCGACCGCCAAUAUCACAGUCACUCUAAAGUGUCUGUAUGUCAGGAGAUGCUGACAGAGUUCCGUAAUGCAAUUUCCUGCAAGAAAAGUUCUCGUCUUCGCCGCCGCCGACCCCUGUCCAGCUCUCUGGCCCUUCGACACCCCACUCGCAUCACUUUAGGGGCCCCACAGCCCCUGCGCCUUGUCCGAGAGAUGCGCCUUAGCAACGGAAAGCUCUACAGCGGUACUGGACCCCUGACAGGAAGUUCAGGGAAAGGAGGAGGCCCCUCAGACAUGGGCCCCGGCCCCCAGCGACUUCUGGAGGACCCGUUAGGUGCCAACAGCACCCCCACAGUGGCCCUGGGUCCACCUGCAGUGACAGUGCCUCUGCCGCGGGGCUGCACUCAUGUGCGCAUUUGCCAGGAGUGCCGGCGUAUCCAGAGUCUACGCACAACAUCUUGCACACGUAUCCCUCCCUCCUCAGCCCCUCUGCCUCUCCUGGCCCCACCCCCUCCACUCUCAUCCUCCAAUACAGACAGUGAAGGCGGUGGUGGGCUGAGCCCGUGCCGGAUAGGCCACUCCCCGCCAGCAACUUUACCACCACCUCAGUCUAGCAACAACACAGACAUAACUGGAGAGCAGGAAUGAAAACAGAGAGACUGACAAAAGGGGAAGACAGAAGUGUGACACAUUUUUGCAAUAUUUGCCCCUUUUUGUUCAAAAUCACAGACAAAUGCCCUUUCCAUCUUUUAUUAGGUACGAGAGAAUUAUGCUUUUUUUUGAAUAGACGUGUCAAUGAUCGAUGAUUCUUAUGUUCUACUGAACAAUGUACUAUAACAUUGCCUGUGUCUGAAGCAACCUUGAA